AUGAGUCGGUCUCGAGUGUAUGCGGAUGUCAACGUCCAUCGUCCCAGAGACUAUUGGGACUAUGAAGCAUUGACGGUCAAUUGGGGUGACCAGGAAGAAUACGAAGUGAUCCGAAAGAUUGGACGCGGAAAAUACAGUGAGGUCUUUGAAGGCAUCAACGUAGUGAACAACACCAAAUGUGUCAUUAAAAUACUGAAACCUGUCAAAAAGAAAAAGAUCAAGCGUGAAAUUAAGAUCUUGCAGAAUAUGUGUGGUGGAACCAACAUUAUUCAACUCUUGGAUGUCGUCCGGGAUCCUCAAAGCAAGACACCCUCACUUAUCUUUGAACACGUCAACAAUACCGAUUUCAAGAUACUGUACCCUACUCUGUCGGACUAUGAUAUUCGAUACUACAUUUUUGAACUUCUCAAGGCGCUCGAUUAUUGUCAUUCCAACGGUGUCAUGCAUCGCGAUGUCAAACCACAUAAUGUCAUGAUUGAUCACGAGAAAAGACAGCUCAGACUCAUCGAUUGGGGUCUCGCGGAAUUCUAUCAUCCCGGAAGGGAAUACAAUGUCAGGGUAGCAUCGCGCUAUUUCAAAGGACCAGAGCUCUUGGUCGACUUGCAGGAAUAUGAUUACUCCUUGGAUAUGUGGAGUCUUGGUUGCAUGUUUGCGGGGAUGAUCUUCCGAAAAGAACCAUUUUUCCAUGGCCACGACAAUUACGAUCAGCUCGUCAAGAUUGCCAAGGUAUUGGGCACGGAAGAGCUGUUUCAUUACCUCGAUACCUACGACUUGGAGUUGGAUCCUCAUUUUGAUGGCAUUUUGGGUCGUCAUUCCAAGAAGCCUUGGCAGAAGUUCAUUACUCCCGAAAAUCAGCAUCUAGUUUCGGACGAGGCAAUUGAUUUUGUCUCCAAACUACUCCGAUAUGAUCACCAAGAAAGAAUGUCAGCAAAGGAAGCUAUGGCCCAUCAGUACUUUGCGCCUGUAAGAGAAGCCGCUGCCAGAGAUGCUGCAGCAAGGAGUGCUCAGCCAUCGUCUGCUGGCUAUGCUGUGUAA